CUAAUCACCCAGUUGGAGCAAGGGUCAGAGCCAUGGAUGGAAGUACAGCAAGUUCCAUCAGGCACUUGUUCAGGAUUGUGUCUAGGAUUCUGCCAUUUAGCUGGUUAUUGGGUUGGGAAACCUGAAUGUUAUUAUGUAGUAAGUAUUUAAUUCACCUCUUUCGGGGCACCUGGGUGGCUCAGUCAGUUAAGCGUGCGACUUCAGCUCAGGUCACGAUCUCACAGUUCGUGGGUUCGAGCCCCUUGUGCUGACAGCUCAGAGCCUGGAUCUCACUUCAGAUUCUGUGUCUCCCUCUCUCUCCGCCCCUCCCCCACUUGUGCUCUGUCUCUGUCUCUCUUUCUCUCAAAAAAUAAAAAAUAAACAUUAAAAAAAUUUAAUUCACCUCUUUCAUUAAGAAAUUAUUUAUUUUAAUAUAAGUACGAUGUUGAAUUUUAUCAAAUGCCUCUUGGUUAUGAUGCAGAGCUCGACCUCAUGACCAUGAGAUCAUGACCUGAGCCGAAAUCUAGAGUUGGACGCUUAACUGACUGAGCCACCCAAGCACCCCUAAAUUAGUAUAGUAUUUUUAAAUCGAAUACUGUGUAACCAACACUCAGGUCAAGGAAAAGAACCCUGGGAAUACUACUAAAUAACAUGCUGAUCCCUCCCAAUCAUUAGCCAUGUUCCCCUGCCCUAACCCCUCCCCACCCAGACUAACACUGAAGUUUAUUUGGCCAUUUUCAUUCAUUGUCCUUUGUGUAGACCAAGGAUUCUUAAAAAUUUAGCAUUCAUCAGAAUGCAUGCUUAAGUAUAAUUACUAGGCCCAGCCCUCAGAGUUUUUUAUUUAUUUGGUUUAGAGUGAACUGAAAAUUUUUACCAAGUUCCCAGGUGAUGCUGAUGCUAAUGCUACUGGACUGGGGACCAUGCUUUGAAAACAUGAAAUGAAAUGGAGUAUUUCAUUCAUUGUAUUGCUAUACCAUAGCUUAUUGCAUAUAUUUGGAUGGAUAUUUGGGAUAUUUCCAGGUUUUGACUAAUAUUAGAGAUGCUGUGAACAAUUUUAUGGGUUAUCUUUUGGUUCACAUGUAGAUGCAUUUCUUCUGGGCACAUACUUAGGAGUGGAUUUUCUAUUUUAUAGGAUGUGCAUAUAUUCAACUUUACUACAUAAUGCCAAAUAGUUUUUUAAAGGUUUGUACCAUUUAUAUUUCUACCAUCAGUGGGUGAGAGUACUCAUUUUUCCGUAUCCUUACCAGUGCUUGAUAUUGUCAGUCUUUUGAAGUUAGGCAUUCUUUGGGUGUGUUGUGUAUCUCAUGUGGUUUUAAUAUCCUUAUCCCUGAUAUCUAAUGAGGUUGAGGGCAUUUGCAAAUGUUUAUUGGCCAUUAUAUAUCAUCUUUCAUGAAAUAUCUAUUCAGAGAGCCCUUUGUUGAUUACAUAUGCAGUAUCACCCUUCUCUCUGCUUUUCAUUAUUAAUGGGCUUUUGAUGAAUAGAAGUUUUAAUUUUAAUGAUCUCUAGUUUAUCAAUCUUGCCCUUUCUUGACAGUGCUUUUUGUGUUCUUUUUAAUAAAUCUUUCCCCAAGUUCAUGAAAACAUUCUUCUAUGUUAACUUCUAGGAGCUUUAUUGUUUGCCUUUUAGAUUUAUCAUACUUUUGAAACUGAUUUUUUGUGCAUGGUAAGAGGUAGCGUUCAUGUUUAACUCUCCCAAAAAAGUACCAGUGUUCCUCACUGCUCUGCAAGCUACCUUUGUCAUAAAACAGAUGUCCAUAUACUUGCAUUUCUCUUCAUAUGACUAAUUUGCCUCUACCUACCUUUACAAUCAGUAUCUUGAAAUUUUCUCUAGUUUAACCAUUAUACAUUAAAUGUAUAUCCCUUUAAAGGCCAUUUGAAGGAUCUGGGCUGUUACUCACCAGGCUUCAUUUCUUGCAUUUUCCUAAAAAAAUAAAUCUUAGCUCUAGUAUCUGAUGUAUGGAAUCAUAAUAAAUAUAAAUACAAAUAAUAAAAAUAUAAAUAUAUGUGUAUGUGUAUAUAUAUCUAUAUCUGUAUAUAAGAAAAAUUCAUUCAGUAAAAGAAUUGAUCAUUGAUUGUUGAUUUAUCACAAAUAUGGCUUCAUUAGUUUUCUGGCAUCUACUUGUCAGCAUCAUCUUGCCUAUUUUCUCUUGGGUCUUGUGUGUGUACUUUGUAACAACAACAACAACAACAAAAAAGUCACAAUUUGGUAUGUUCUUUUUUAGGUAUGUUAAAAACUUAGAUUAAAGUCUAGAAUCUUUUAGGCCUGAGAACUGUUUUGGUUCCUUAAAUGUUUUGUCUGGUUUUUCUCUGAGACAUUAAAUAUUGGUUCUCUGUUAAAUUCUCACAAUGAAAUGUUAUCCUUAAGUUCUUGGAGACAUUAAAAUGUUCUCAGAUGUACUACCCUACAGGAUUCUGUGCUAGCAAUCAUGGUUUGCUUUGUGAUACUUGGUUUUCUCUGCAAAUUUGUGUGUAUUCUCACAUUCUCAUCUAUUUUUGGAGGGGCGGGUUCUGUGUUACCUUCCUAACUUGCCAACUUCUUAGAUGCUCUUUGCGUUCUUUAAAUACAAAGUUUAUAAUAUAACUUCCUGCCAUUUCUUUAGACGCCCACUUAACUUUUAUCUUUAGUCUUGCCGUCUUUUCUUAGCAAGAGUUACAAGUGGGAUGCAUUAAUUUUACAUAACCCUUACUUGUGUAGAAGAGAACAUUAUUCUUAUCCUGUGCAGCUCACACUUUCAGUAUUUCAACAUAGAGAGUGUUUGAAUUAAAAAAAUUUUUUUCAGUCCAGGAGUACUGGUUUGAAACAAAGGUGUCCACCCUAAAGCAAAAUACCUCUGAAGGAUCUGAUCUGGGAGAACAAACAAAAAUUGACAUGAUGGAGAGAGGCCUGGACUGGGAGGGCAGAAGUUCUACAGAGAAGACACAUUAUAAAUGUGAGGAAUGUGGGAAAGUCUUCAAAUACAAUUCCUCCUUUAUUAGCCACCAGAGAAAUCAUACUGGUGAGAAACCCCAUAAAUGUAAUGAAUGUGGGAUAGCCUUUAUGAGCAGCUCAUCCCUUUUAAAUCAUCGUAAAAUCCACACAGGCAAGCAACCCUAUAGAUGUAUUGAAUGUGGGAAAUUCCUUAAGAAGCACUCAACAUUUGUUAAUCAUCAGAAAAUUCAUUCUAGAGAGAAGCCUCAUAAAUGUAAUGAAUGUGGAAAAGCUUUUGGAAAGAACUCUAUCCUUUUACGUCAUCAGAGAAUUCAUACCGGUCAGAAGCCCUACAAAUGUAAUGACUGUGGGAAAGCCUUUGCUCAGAAUGUAGCCCUUACUCGUCACGAGAGAAUACAUAGUGGAGAGAAGCCUUUUACAUGUAAGGAAUGUGGGAAAGCUUUUAGGGAUAACUCAACUGUGUUGGAACAUCUGAAAAUCCAUACUGGGGAGAAACCAUAUCAAUGUAAUGAAUGUGGAAAAACCUUUAGGAAGAGCUCAACACUUGUUAGCCAUCAAAGAAUGCAUACCGGAGAGAAACCCUAUCACUGUAGUAAGUGUGGAAAAUCUUUCAGGUAUAGCUCAUCCUUUGCUGGACAUCAGAAAACUCAUAGUGGAAAUAAACCCUAUCAAUGUAAUGACUGUGGGAAAGUCUUUAUGAAGAGCUCAACCCUUAUUGGACAUCAGAGAAUUCAUACUGGAGAAAAGCCCUAUCACUGUAAGAAAUGUGGGAAAUCCUUCAGACAUAGCUCUGGCCUUGUGGAACAUCAGAGAAUCCAUACCGGAGAAAAACCUUAUGAAUGUAAUGCAUGUGGGAAGGCUUUUCCUCAGAGUUCAGCCCUUAAACAACAUAAGAAAAUGCAUAACAAAGAAAGAGCCGUCAAAUGUAAUUAGUGUGGUAAAUCAGGCAAAAGUAAUUAUUCUUUUUGACCGUCAAAGGGGAGACAUUCCACAAAUCACACACUUAACAAAAAUAGUCUGUGUACCUCUAUCCUGGAGAACUUCUCACUUGUGAGGAUGUUCACUGUAGUAUGGUUUGUAUUAUUGAAAUAUUUGAAGAACCUAAAUGUUUAUCAAUAUGGAAAUAGUUACUAUAGAACGCUAUGUAGCAAGUAAAAAGAAUGAAGUAGAGCUCUAUAGAGAGCCGUAGAAAUAUCCCCAUGAUACCUUGUUCCAGUUAAAAAAAAGUAAGUUGCAGAAAAUCUACAUAUUGUGGUCCAAUUUACAUUUUAAGAAAUGAAGCUAUUUUAUUUAUAUGUAUAUAUCCUAUGUAUUCAAAAAGAUCUAGUAAAAUAAAGUCCAGAAGUUUUUUAUCUUUGA